GGCUGGUGCAAUCACACCUUAGCACGCCCCGGGGCCGGGGCCAGCGCCGGCUGGGAAAAGGAUGGGUUUGCCCGGGACUCUUCCAGAGCACUAGCGCGGGCACCUCUGUCGCGGCAGGGGGCUGCAGCGCUAUUCGGAUGCAAUGGUGGUUCCUAUUUCUAAUUCUGCUCCUGUGGUGGCAUUGCAACGCUGCAAGAUCAGCUGUAUCCAUUGCAGCUAAGUUUGCGGGAUCUGGACAUGAGAGGAUCGAGCGUGUACGUGUAACUGUGCCAGCCCUUCGGCAUUUCGACCGCACCUCCUGCUCGCUUGCAUCUGGCUAGCGCCCGGUUCCGACUACAAAACACACCGAUCCGCAGCACUUGUAUCCUUCAUCUGGUUUUGGGAGCUACCCGAAGGACCAUGCAUCGGUUUGUCUUGGUUGCCAGGCAAGCUGCGGCACGGCUGUGCGGCCGCGGGCCGGGGGGCUGCCGGGGCGGAAGGACGGACAUGGCUCUGCGCUGCGCCGCUUCGCUGGCGGCCGGGCGGCAGCCGCGGGGUCCCCGGCGGGAGGGGACGGUGCGCUGGAGCAGCGCUGCCAAGGCCUCCGCCGUGAAGAUCAACGAGAAGGCGAGCAGGGAGAAGAUCCUGACGCUGGAGUCCAUGAACCCGCAAGUGAAGGCGGUGGAAUACGCGGUGCGCGGCCCCAUCGUUCUGAAAGCCGGGGAGAUCGAGAAGGAGCUGCGGAAGGGAAUCAAAAAACCCUUUACUGAAGUGAUUAAAGCCAACAUUGGAGAUGCACAUGCAAUGGGACAGAGACCAAUCACCUUCCUCCGUCAGGUGGUGGCCCUGUGCACAUACCCAAACCUGCUGGACAGCCCCAGCUUUCCUGAGGACGCCAAAAAGCGCGCCAGGCGGAUCUUGCAGGGCUGUGGAGGAAACAGCUUAGGAUCCUACACUGCCAGUCAAGGUAUAAAUUGCAUCCGUGAGGAUGUGGCUUCAUAUAUUGAGAGAAGAGAUGGAGGAGUUCCUGCAGACCCAGAUAACAUUUACCUCACCACCGGGGCAAGCGAUGGCAUUUCUGCAAUUUUAAAGAUCCUGAUCUCAGGAUGGGGCAAAUCCCGAACAGGAGUGAUGAUUCCUAUUCCCCAGUAUCCCUUGUACUCAGCAGCCAUCUCUGAACUGGAUGCUAUCCAGGUGAAUUACUACUUGGAUGAAGAAAAUUGCUGGGCUCUAAAUGUGAACGAACUUCGCCGUGCCUUGAAUGAAGCUAAGGCAUAUUGCAACCCAAAGGUCCUCUGCAUCAUCAACCCUGGAAAUCCCACAGGACAGGUGCAAAACAGAAAGUGCAUUGAAGAUGUGAUACACUUUGCAUGGGAAGAAAAACUUUUUCUUCUGGCUGAUGAGGUUUACCAGGACAAUGUGUACUCUGAAGGAUGCCAGUUUCAUUCCUUCAAAAAGAUUCUGUAUGAGAUGGGACCCGAGUACUAUAACAAUGUUGAGCUGGCCUCUUUUCACUCCACCUCUAAGGGAUACAUGGGCGAAUGUGGCUACAGAGGAGGUUACAUGGAGGUCAUAAACUUGCACCCAGAAAUCAAAGGACAGCUCGUUAAGCUGCUUUCUGUUCGCCUUUGCCCUCCAGUCUCAGGACAAGCAGCCAUGGAUAUUGUGGUGAAUCCUCCAGUACCUGGAGAAGAAUCUUAUGCACAGUUCAUAAAGGAGAAGGAAUCUGUUUUGAACAAUCUUGCCAAAAAAGCCAAACUAACAGAAGACAUGUUUAACAAGAUCCCAGGAGUUCACUGCAACCCCCUUCAAGGAGCCAUGUACGCUUUCCCUCGGAUCUUUAUUCCUUCCAAAGCCAUUGAGGAAGCAAAGGCUCACAAAAUGGCACCUGAUAUGUUCUAUUGCAUGAAACUUCUGGAAGAGACUGGAAUAUGUGUUGUACCUGGAAGUGGAUUUGGCCAGAGAGAAGGAACCUACCAUUUCAGAAUGACCAUUCUUCCUCCAGUAGAGAAGCUGAAGAUCCUACUGGAGAAAGUGAAAGACUUCCACAUAAAGUUUCUUGAAAAAUAUGCAUGAAACUACUGUGGCUUUUCCCCCCUCAUCCCCUCCCCUUCAAGGCAAAUGCAGACAAUGAACAAUGAUGUGCUGAGAAUGUGCUGUUUAUCUAAUUCAACUAAAUUCAAAGUAGAUAGAACCAGACUCAGAUACUGCUAAAACUUAUUGGACUAUUAAAGUUAUGUCUGGGCUAGAAGACAUUGUUACACCAAGUUUUUUUUUUAAGGGGAAGGGGAAGAAUGUGAAGAAAACAGUGAGAAGAAAGAGUCAGUAAAUGUUUUUGUGCCUUGAUUGAAAGUUACAUUUGUGAACUUUUGACUCAAUAGGUUGGGAAGGGAAUUGCUCCUUAAAAUUACUACUGUCAUGUGGGUUGUUUUACAAAACAGAAAUGCCAAGUUCAAUUGUUUAGAUAGGAAUUUAUUUCCCAUCUUAAAAUUCUACUAAACAAAAAUCAAAACUCCUGCAUUAUAGUUAUUGCUUGGUUUAGCUUUUGUUGUUUUUGUUGUUAAGUGUUCUCCAAACCUGAUCAAGCAUGCAGGGACAGUGUGCUUAUUUAAAAAAAUCUUCAGCAGAUGUGUGCAGAUGCCUUUGAAAUUCUGCUGAAAAGAAAUCCUGCCAUCCCAGCACAGCUGGAAUGGAAUAUACAGUUUUGAUCAGAGGAGUGAACGUGGUGUCUGCUUGAACAGUAUUUUUAUGAAACUGAAACAUAAUAAGGAAUACAGUCUUCUUCUUCCUGUGCUAUUCAACACAUGAUUCCAGCAUAAGAGCACUGAACACUUCCUGCCAUAGCAAUUCCAGGAGUCUCCUGUUAGCCCACAUCUUUUAUACACAUGGAACAGAGUAAGUCAGUGUCUCAAAGCAGAUGUGAGUACAGCGUGUCCUUUCAAGCAGGGUAAAACACGGCCCUUUCAGAACCACUCUGUCUGUGGGGAGCAUUUGUUUGGAGCCAUCCCACAGCCCCUGGAGCUGGCCAAAAUCCAGCUGGAACUUGCACAGACUGACACGUUGUUACCAGGAGAAAUGCUGGGCUGAUUUCUAAUGAAGAGGAAGGGAUUUAAAGGAAAAAGUCUUACACCAAGCAUAAAGAAAAUGAAAGUACAGCUGACACUUAAAUCUUCCACAGUCCUACUGCUGUCUGAACGAUCCUGAGUGCUUCUCAAAGCCCAGCUGAACAAGGUGGCAAUCUGGGAGUACAGCUGAGUGACUCCACUAAUCUCUGCCAGCUUCCCUGCAAAACAAAGGACAGCCUCUGUUUCUCUAGAGCUGGAAGCUGGACACCUUCUGCUAGCUCUGAUAAAGGGCUAAAGGAACAGAGCUUUCACUAUUCAGAUGUGAAAGCAUUAGCAUUUGUCAGGCUUAGGCUCAGCUGUUACAGAGCUUAUUCAUCAAGAAUAUCACAUUCAAUGCAGUCAUUUAUUUUAAGUUAUUAUUUAGAAGUAAACUCAUUGUAAUGUCUACUGGCACUUUGUGAGGCUGCUGUUGUAGCUGGUCCAACAGCCUGUGCUGAUCCAGCUUACUAAAGCCAAGGGCUAGAGCAACCCCAUCCAGAUAAAGCUGUGCCAGUUUCUCACGUGAGGAGGAUGGGAUGCUGCCAGGAGCUGUCCUUGCCACAGCAGCCCCUGUCUGUGACCCAGCAUUAGCAGGGCCUGAGCUUCCCACAGCUCCUUGCUGAGGCCUGUGAGAAGAAUUUAUUCCUCUCAAGGGCUCACAGGUUAUAGAUGGAAAUGGCGUGGCUGCUACACAAAGCUGCUGUGGAGGAUUGGAGAAAAAAUGAUGUUUUCCUUCUCAGAGCAGUGCACUUCUGGGAGGAGAGCACACUGAGAGCACUUGGGCUGCUACAUCCAUUGACAAACACAACCUGCCAGCACCCAGCACUUGGCAUCUUAAUAUGCACUAAUAAAUAAAACAAACCCAGAGAGCAAAACCGUGGGAGGAGGUCACAAUAAUGAUGUGAAAAUAAGACAAACAGCACUUUCCUGCUCUAGGAAUGUGUCCAAAUCAGAUCUGGCUUUGGACUCUUAAUGCAGUGUAGAUUGAAACUAAGAUCUAACAAUGGGAGUUAGAAUAUUUUUUAUAUUUUUGUAACUACAGCUUUUUCAUGGGGUAGUAUUUGUAAUCUAAUAAGUCAAUAGAUUUUAUAUUUGCCUUGCAUUUGCACCUGAUACUUCUGGAAAAAAAUGUAAAGGUUUACAAGUUUAUAAUGAUAAUUUACAGGUGUGAAAGGCUUUUUGUUUUAAGUCAGGACAGUAAUUCUUACACUUUUGAAUCAAAAUAUAAUGGCAUAAACUGAGUUUUUUCUAAACAUUCUAUUAUGGUGCCUUUUCUGUUUCUGACAUUAUAAGGGAUAACAAUUUAUUCUUGAUGCAUCUCAUAUGGAAGGGUGGUGAUUUCUAUUGUCCAUCCACAAUAUUUGUAUGUAUUGUGAUAAGGUUAAUGUGCAUUUUUGUGGAACAAUCCUGUAAACCUAAGACAAAAAGGCUUGUUUGCCAUGUCUUUGAAAUAUUUCAAUAAUAACAGACAAUUCUUCCUUUCAAAUGCAUGCUUCUAGGUUUGAUCUUCCUCCAGGUGCUCCUUCUAACAGUACUUCAGAUGUAUGAGACUUCCAGAUAAUAAAGCACAUGUUAAAAAAAUGGUAAUACUUCUCCAUUUUCUGUCA